GUCUCGACAACCAAGAGAGGACACCUGAAAACAGGAAGCGCUACAGCGAGAUAUUCCGGAGCCUGGAUGCCAUAGAGAUCUCGCUCGGCAACGUGAUGGUCGACAUGUUCGUGGGUGACGCUGACAGCGCUGACAACGCAGACCUGGCCGCAGAAAGAGCGGACGUUCCGUUGAGCGAAAGCUUCUCCAAGAGCAAACCCAGUCCAGAGCGGCAAGCGCAGGCAGACAUAACAGUUCAGGAGGCAGACGAAAUGCUGAUAAAAUGCGAAGGCGGCAUUGACGCAGCCCUCGAAUACGCCAAAACCUGGUGUAAGUACGUCAAGGAGCUGCUCAGCUGGAUUGAAAAGCGUCUGAGUUACGAGACAGAGUUUGCCAAAGGGAUGGUGAAGAUAGCAGAAUCGGGACGAAAUGCCAUCUUCCAACAGUACAACAUGCCCCUUCGGGCGCUCUAUACCAUGGUCCUGGAACAUGACAUCAAGGUGGGAAAUUCGGCGAGCGAGACCGCAGGAUUGCUCCAACAGAAGGAAUUCUACCAGCCUCUCUCAGCCAAGAAGAACGAAAUUGAGAAAUGGAGGAAGGAAUUCAAAGACCAGUGGACAAAGGAGCAAAAGAGAAUGAACGAGUCCUUGUCAUCCCUGCGCAAAUCCCGCCUGCAGUACAUACAGCGUUGCGAGGAGCUGGAGAAAGCCAAGCUCCUGAGUGCCAAGGCGGAGGAGGAAUACCAGAGCGCAGCCAUCGCCAACCCCGGCAGCGCCAACAAGCAGCUGGAAAAGCGGCGCCGUUCGUGCGAGGAGGCGCAAGCCAAGGCUCAGGAGGCCGAAGCUUUGUACAAGGCGUGCAUCGGCGAUGCCAACUUUCGGCGACAAGAACUGGAGAAAGUCCGAGCGCGGAUCGUCUCCCAUAUUCGGAAGCUCAUUUACCAAGGGGACGAGGUGCUGACGUGGGUCACCUUAAGGAUGUUCAAGCAGCGGCAGACCCAGGCAGAACAGAUUCCCGUGGGAUAUCGGUACCUCUCCGAGGUGUGCAAGCCCUACAAAGCAGGCGAGAAAUACCUGGAGUUCAUUCAGGCUCUGCAGAAGAAAGAUAUCCCUACGGAAGUGUUUGAAUUCGAGCCGCUGGCCCCCGGAGGGCAGAGGUCCCCUCCUGACGGGAAGAAGAAGAUGGUGCCGCAUCACGCCGGACCCUCUUCCGCAGCCAAGGACGGGAGCACGCCAGAGGAUGCGCCCCGGAAGCCGUCCUCCGCCAACGACGAACAGAGUGCGAACAAAUCCCUUUGCAGCGACACAGAAAGCCUCGGGGGGAGCUGUGAAUCCCGGUCCUUGGAUUCUCCCACUUCCAGCCCAGGAAACUCGGAUAGGAAACUGCUGAAAGCUCCUUCCACCGGCACCAUGUCCUCCUCCGAUGAUUUUGAGGAGAGAGAUUCCUUGCAAACUUUUGAAACUGAGAACGGCACAUCGCAGCAGCAGUUUAAGAACAUCCUCCUCUCCAGCGCAGCGCAGACCCACCGGCUCCGGAAGCUGCGGGGACCAUCCAAGUGCAGGGAGUGCGAUAACUUCAUGGUCAGCGGCUUCGAGUGCGAGGAG